CCAAUCACCAUAUCACCACCACCCAACCCAAUCGCAAUGGCCCAAAGUCAAUUCCACCCCAUCCCCGGCGUCGCCGCUCUGGUCUACAAUAGAGAGGGCAAGAUUCUGUUUGCGCAGCGAAAAGGCAUUCUCGGCAACGGCAAGUGGGCUCCCGCCGGCGGGCACCUCGAGAUCGGCGAGACCUUCACCGAGUGCGCCGAGCGCGAGGUCAUGGAGGAAACGGGCCUGCGCACCAAGAACCACCGCUUCGUCGGCGCGACGAGCGACAUGAUGCCGAAUGCGCGCAAGCACUACGUCAGUCUGUACGUAGCGUGCGAGCUCGUGGACCCGGACGCCCAGCCUGUGAACAUGGAGCCUGAGAAGUGCGGCGGCUUCCAGUGGUUGAGCAUGGAUGAGGUCAGGCUGUGGGCCAACAAUUUCGCCAACGAGGCGCCUGAGUGGCAGGACAAGCGACUUUUCCGGCCCAUUUUGAACGUGCUCAAGGCCUACCCGGACAACGACAUGCUGCGGUAGAUUCGGGCUCGUUGUGGCAUUACAUAUAUCCCUUGUCUUUUUUGCGACCCCG